AAUUCCUUCAGCACUGACUUGAGGCAGAAUCCGAAAAUUUCAGAAGAACCAAUCAGCUGGGAGCCCCGCUUUUCAGAAUGGAAGACGAGCAGAUGGCAGACAUGAGUGACAAAUCAAAUGGGAAUCCCCUCGAAGAGAGCCUGGUUCAACUGAGAUGUCACUUUACGUGGAAGUUGCUAGUUGAAGACACCGAACUGUCUGAUUUGGAAAACAGGAUCUUGGAUGAGACUGAUUUCCUAGACACCAAAUACAAUGUGGGGACCCACAACCUGCUGGCCUAUGUGAAGCACCUGGCGGGCCAGAACCAGGAAGCCCUGGGGAGCCUGCAGGAGGCUGAAGGCUUAAUCCAGCAGGAACGUGGUGCCCAAUCAGAUGUGAGACUUCUGGUCACAUGGGGCAACUACGCCUGGCUGAAUUACCACAUGGGAAGACCCGAAGAAGCCCAGGCUUACCUGGACAAGGUAGAGAACACCUGCAAGGAGUUCGGGGCUCCCUCCCGCUACAGGAUGGAGUGUCCCCAGAUGGACUGUGAGGAGGGAUGGGCCUUGCUGAAAUGUGGAGGAAAGAAUUAUGAACGGGCCAAGGCCUGCUUUGAGAAGGCUCUGGCAGUGGACCCGGAAAACCCUGAAUUUAGCACUGGGUAUGCGAUCACCACCUACCGCCUGGACGUCUUUAACAAAGCAACACAGGUUAGUGAGGCAUUCUGUCUGCAGACCCUGAAAGAGGCCAUCAGGCUAAAUCCAGAAGAUGCAUAUAUUAAGGCUCUCCUUGCCCUGAAGCUUCAGGACAUAGGCCAAGAAGCUGAAGGAGAAAAGCACAUUGAAGAAGCACUGACCAACACGUCCUCGCAGACCUACGUCUUCCGAUACGCGGCCAAGUUUUACCGAAGAAAAGGCUCUCUGGACAAAGCUCUUCAGCUCUUAAAAAUGGCCCUGCAGGCCACCCCCUCCUCUGCCUUCCUGCACCACCAGAUAGGGCUUUGCUACAGGGCACAAAUGAUCGAAAUAAAGAGAGCUGCCAACUGGCAGCCCAGAGGACACAUUAGAGAAAAUGUCCACAGAUUGGUUCACUUGGCUAUAGAUGAAUUUCAAAAGGCUUUGAUGAUAAGGCCCACAUUUGAGUUGGUUUAUGUUGUACUGGCUGACAUGUAUGCAGAAUUAGGCCAACACACAAAGGCUGAGGACACUUUUCAGAAAGUGCUGUGCAUGAAGAACAUCAACGAUCAUCUACAGCAAAAGAUUCAUUACCACUAUGGCCAUUUCCAAGAAGUUUACAAGAUAUCUGUACAUAAAGCAAUCACCCAUUAUUUAGAAGGUCUCAAAAUCAAGAGAGCCUCCCACAACAGGGAAAAGAUUCUCACUGCCUUAGAGAAGCUGGCUAAAAGAUGGGUUCAACAAAAUGUACAUAUGGUGGAAAGUUUGAGCAUCCUUGGGUUCAUCCACAAAUUGAAAGGGGAAGCGAGUGAAGCCUUGGAGUGUUAUGAGAAAGCUCUCAGGCUGGCUGCUGACUUCAACACCGUGAUUUGAACUAGAGGUCACCAUUACCUGUUUAAUGUGUUCAUAGCUAAAUAUAACAAACAUCUUUGCUGAUCACCGCUUUCAGAAACAUAGAACAUGCUGAAAUACAAAACAGUUGAUAGAACACAGACUCAGCUGCCUGCUGACCCCCCUCUUUCUUUCCUCGCUGACCCCUCCCCCCUUCUUUCCCCUUCUGUCCAUGCACCCAUGAAAGGAGCAUCCAUUCUUCUAUAACACAUCCCUGUGCUCAUUGGCCAAGGCCAAUGAAUGCUGUUUGGGGCACCUGUUACCUGCUAGACCAACAAGAGUCCUUUUCUUUCUGGCUUUGCAUCUGGAAUGAACAGCUUCCAUCCUCAGUCCAUCUGGUCUCCUGGACAGAGGAGUCUUAAACAGGGAAGAUUUCAGCCCCUCCUGGGCCCACACACCAGUCACAUGCCAGUGUAGCUGUGUGCACGCACCCGUGUAUCUGCAGGCACAUAACCACAGGAGGCCCACACAUUGGUCCAAAGACACUCCUGCUGCUUGGUUCACACACUCAAGGCAUGAAUUCCUGGAGACGGUGAUCCUGAACCAGGGGCACAGGCUGCUCAUAUACACAUGCCUCACACAUCCCUCUCCACACACGCUGAUUCUUGAGCUCACACAGGCGCAUUCCUGCAUAUUUGUGCACAUAUGCAUUCUGUAUUUGGAAAAUAUCUGACACCAACUACCCACUCAGAAGUUAAAAAGCAUAGGAAACAGAAAACAAAAACAGAAAGGAUAUCUUUUUCAUGUGGCCAGGGGCACUGACCUAUCAGAUCUGAAGGCAAAGCAAAUGAGCAAAGAUGAGAAAGAAAAAAAGGAGAAGGGACUUCAGGGGGUCACUACCAUGUUCCAGCCCCAGGGCCCAUUUCCCAGGGCCCUCCUGCAGCCAAGACCUGCUGCUCAGUGAGUCAAAUCUCUAACCUCAUAAGAAACUCAAACUCUUCCGUAUACGUUUGUCCAGCCACUGGCAAUCACAAAGGAUCUAUGUGUUCCAGACAUGUGGCUGGACAUGUACUCACAUCUAAGAAAAAUUAAAGUGUAUUGGGGAAAGACAAAUAAGGGAAAAGCCUAUUUAAGAGUUGCCAGCUAAACAUGACAAAUACAAUAAUGCAGUUUUUAAGUGCUUGCUGUGUGGUGCAUGAUACAACCUUCUCCAGUUUCUAACUAAAAUAUUUUCUCCCAAAACAUUCAGUAAAAUUAACCACUUGAUAAGCUAA